AUGGCACCAAAAUCAUUCAUCGUUACUCUCAAAGACUCAGCCCCAGACAUUGAGGUUGAGAAAUUCAAGAAAACGGUUGGAAACCUCGGUGGUUCAAUUACUCAUGAGUUCUCUCUAAUUAAGGGCUACACGGUCAAGUUACCAGAAGAGCUUCACAUCAACAAGUUGAAGGACGGCUUUGACUCCAUGAUCGCUAGUGUCGAAGAGGACAAAGAGGUAUCUAUCCAAAAGUAG